UCCUUGUUGCUGAAGUGCUUCUACCUGUCGGCAAAGAAACGAUACUAAGUUUUGCCUUAGUCAGGUUUUAUGCAAAUAUAAUGCGGGAGGUACGGAUAAACUGGUUAGAAGUUGAGCGUUGAGCGCCGUAGAUUAAGCAGGAUGAAUAUUGAAAUUUUCGCUGCCCAAGAUUCAAAACGUAUCGGAACUCUCGAUAAUGUGAGUCCAUCAAGCAACAUAAGAAACAUCAAGAAACUGAUUGAGGAGUUGAGGCCAAAGUUAUACCCUGAUAGGCAGUCAGUCAGACUUGAACCAAAGGGAAAGACAUUGAAGGAUGAAGAGACUGUGAGCUCAUUGGGAUUAGGAAAUGGAUCUAAACUGUACGUAAAAGAUCUUGGGCCUCAAAUAGGGUGGAAAACCGUUUUCUUAGCAGAGUAUGCUGGUCCACUUGCAGUUUACUUGUGGAUUUAUCAGAGACCAUGGCUGUUCUAUGGUUCAGAUGCUGCAGCACUACAACCACAUCCUGUAGUUCAUAUUGCAGCAGCAUGCUGGUCUCUACAUUAUGUCAAAAGGCUGCUGGAAACCAUAUUUGUACAUCGGUUCUCUCAUUCUACUAUGCCCCUACGUAACUUGUUCAAGAACUGCACAUAUUAUUGGGGUUUUGCUGCAUAUGUUGCAUAUCAUAUCAAUCACCCACUGUAUACUGCUCCAAGCAAUAUCCAGAUUUAUUCAUCAUUAGCUGUUUUCUUGGUUUGUGAACUUGGUAAUCUGAGCAUUCAUGUGGCUUUACGGAACCUUCGGCCACCAGGCACAACAAUCAGAAAAAUUCCAGUUGCCACAGGCAAUCCUUUCACGACACUGUUCAAUUUAGUGUCUUGCCCAAAUUAUACAUAUGAAUUUGGAAGUUGGUUUGCAUUUUCUGUUAUGACCAGUUGUUUACCAGCUGGAAUUUUUGCUCUUGCUGGUCUGUACCAGAUGUCUGUCUGGGCUAUUGGGAAGCACAGAGCUUACAAAAAAGACUUCAGCAACUAUCCUCGAAAUCGUAAAGCAAUCUUGCCUUUCCUUAUUUGAGGAAAAAAUUAUCAAUGACUGGGAUUAACCAUCAGAAGAAAUGUGUUCUAUCAUUCCACAUUAGUGGAUAGUUGUUUUGGUUUUGGUUAUGUGUGUGUGUUUUUUUAACAUGACUUGUAACAAUAUCAGUACAAAUAAAUAUAUUGUUGGUUGUAGUUCAAUGUCUGGGAACAGUUUCCUAAUGUGUUGUAUAUGUAAAAUAAUCUUAAUGUCACUGUGUUUAUCACAUUCUUGUAGCUACUGAUCAAAGAUCUUACAUACAGUAGUUUAAAACUACUUUCGACUUCACAGGUUUUGUGUGUUUAUCUUUGUUUGUGUUGUUCGUAGAACUUGCAGUGUAUUCUAUAUUUUUAUGAACCAUUGAAAAAAACUAACAAUUGUGGUAGGUUGAUCAGAUCAUCUGGAUAAAUGUGAUGGUAGCCUUUAACAAAUUUGGGUUGCAGAAUAUAUCAUAAUUGUAUUCUAAAUAGCAGUUAUCUUCUCAGUGCAGAACAGGCAUUCUAUCUUAAUUUCCACAGUGUAAAAAUAUAAUAUCUGUGUUGUAUGUUCUGUCUAUCCUUGUAUCAAAAUUUGUCUUGUACUCUACUCCAUCCCACUCCUCUUCUGUAGCUACCAUCUUACUAGUAUAGUGACAGACUUUACAGAUGUUUUUCUUUUUGUGAAACAACUAGUGAGACUAGCUAAGCAUUUAUUAACAAAUUAUUUGUAGUGUUAUUUGGUGGUACUGUAUGUUGUUUCAAAAAAAUUAAGGGAAAAACAUUAAUUACUUUAAAAAUGCUUAGUUAAACAUUCCCCAAAGAGCAGGAUGCUGUGUGUCACAUACAUUUCUCAGUAGCUGUCUUGAAUAAAACAUUAUCUACAGAAUCUGUAGUAUACUGUCUAUUCUGCAUUGUAAUUGUUAUAUGUAGGGAAUCCUGUGCUUGUUUAUAUAAAUAAAACUGCAUUCAGAAUU